CGACGACGCUCAGGAGGAGAUACGCGUGUGCGUGUGCAGCUGGAAUACGAAAACCGACGCGGCGUCUCUUCUCGAGGAUAUCUGGUCGAGCUGCCCUUCUUGUCGCGAGCUGCAUUUGUCGAUAAACCGGUGCACGUAUUCAUCACCAUGCGGUACUGCAUUCUGCUCCUUUCGCUUUUGAUCGUUGUCAUUACAGAAGCGAACAUUUAUUCGGACACUUAUUUUGAGCACCCGGAUGAUGCGGACGAUCAAGCGGUUGAAGCUCUUUUUUACAAGGUGAUCGAUCAGAUGGAAAAGGAGCUCGUCGAUACGGCUGAUACAUAUCUGGAAUAUCCGGAGAAAGUCAAGGAACUGCCCAUAGAGUUGCCGGCUGAUUAUGAUGGCAUGGAUACGCUAAAUCCGAAUCCGAGUAUACGGGAUCAAGAGUAUCUGCAACACAGCACGUUGUGGAGUCAUCAACGUAACAAUAAUAAUAACAAUAAUAAUAAUAAUAAUAAUAAUAAGAGCAACGACAGACACAGGAUUCAACCGACUGGUCUAAAGGGAAUCAAGGACGAGAAGGCGGAAAAUCCUCUACCGGCUUAUUGCACUCCUCCGAAUCCCUGUCCAGUCGGAUACACGAGCGAGAAUAAUUGUCUCACCAAUUUCGAGAACGUCGCGACGUUUAGUCGCGACUUUCAGAACGCGCAGGAUUGCAUGUGUGACACGGAACACAUGUUGGAAUGCUCUGGUGAUACCGGAAACAGCAAUAGUCUGUCAAACGUGCAAAUUUCAGAUUCCGAUUUCGAUGAAAUCGUCGAGCAAUUCCAGGAAGAGAACCCAUUCUUUCGAGGGGAGAAGCUACCGAUAGCUGCGAAGAAAGGUAUACACGUGAUUGAUUAAUUAAAAAUUGUAAACGCGUGAUUGAGUUGAAAAUGGAAACAUGCUAUAGACUUCAUUAUUAAAGUUAAGAUGUAUAUUAAUUGUAAGAGGAAAUUGAAAAUCUAAAAUGGGACUUUUAAUUCGACUAGCAUAAAUCAGACGCAUAAUAGUUGUAAAUGAUUCGCCUAAUCAGUUAAUAAACUAUACAGAUUUACGCAGCGUUAAAGUGUCGAACAUUAUGAAAUGUACGUUUUUCAAGUCUGAUGAUAUGCUCGAACAAAGUUCUUAAAUGGACCACGAUUGUUUAUCAGCGGGUAUUAAAUAUAUUACAUACAUUUUCUUCUCAUAGAGCUAUUAAUAUGUAUAGAGAUUUUGUCAGAUAUAUAUAAUUAUAUAAAUGUGUGUAUAUAUUUUAACAUUAUAAAAUCUUCAAUUCAUGCGAUCGUUCUGUUUAAGACAGCGAUAAUUUUUCAUACAUUGAUAUCCUUUCAACACGGGAAUACAUAAAAAUGUUUUAUAAGGCUUGCAAAGUUUAAAAAAAUAUGCUUUGCAAUAUUUGUAAAAUAUUUCUUGCACUUGAUAGCGAUUGAAUGCUCCAUUGAACUUUACAUAUCCAAAUAUUUACAUUUAAAU